CAUGGACCCCUGCAACUCGUCGGUGGGCACAAUUGCGUACAUGAGCCCUGAGAGAAUCAAUUCCGAUCUAAAUCAGGGCCAGUACAAUGGUUAUGCUGGGGAUAUUUGGAGCUUUGGAGUUAGCAUAUUGGAAUUCUAUCUUGGAAGGUUUCCUCUUGCUGUGGAGAGACCCGGGGAUUGGGCGAGCUUGAUGUGCGCAAUAUGUAUGGCUCAGCCCCCGGAGGCGCCGCCCACCGCCACGCCGGAGUUCCGCCACUUUAUUUCCUGUUGUUUGCAGCGAGAGGCUUGGAGGAGAUGGACUGCAGCUCGAUUGUUGGAUCACCCAUUUAUAACAGGGAAGAGCAGAGCAAGCCAGUACCAGAACCAGCAGGCUCAUCACCAGAAUCUCCGGCAACUAUUACCUCCUCCGCCCCUUCAUCCUUCCAGCCUUUCUUGAGUCUUGAUAAAAUUUGAUUUCUUUUCUCCUUUUCUUGAAUUUUACUCUCUUCUCUGUCUUCCUGAGAAGCAUGACGCCAUUGUUUUCCUGUAAUUUUUCUGGAAUAGCCGAAGGAAUGGGAAAUUAUUUGCUGUUUAGAUCUCACGACAUUUUUCAAGAACAUUGAUAAAUCUGUAAUCUCUUACCCCCGGCUGAAAUUUUAGGCAAA